CACCGACGGCACAGAAUCCCCCAUAUUAGCCGAAGCUGAUGCAGAUGGCCACGACAAACCACGAGUGCGAUAUGGCGAACUAGUUAUACUUGGUUAUAAUGGCUAUUUACCACAAGGUGAUCGCGGUCGUAGGCGUUCAAAAUUCGUUCUAUACAAACGUACAGAACCGAACGGUGUUAAACGUUCCAAACACUAUAUCGUCCAAUCGCCACAGACAUCGAAAGCUAUCUUAGAUGCCAAUCAACAUUCAAUAUCUUAUACAUUAUCACGUAAUCAAGCUGUCAUUGUUGAAUAUAAGGAGGACACGGAAACGGAUAUGUUUCAGGUUGGCCGUUCGUCAGAGUCCCCCAUUGAUUUCGUGGUUAUGGACACAUUGCCAGGUGAUAAAAAAGAUGCUAAAGUCAUGCAAAGUACAAUAUCACGUUUCGCAUGUCGAAUAUUGGUGAAUCGAUGUGAGGCAUCCAAGGCGCGAAUAUUUGCUGCGGGCUUUGAUUCGAGUAGAAAUAUUUUUCUGGGCGAGAAAGCCACCAAAUGGCAGGAUAAUGUCGAAAUCGAUGGGCUCACCACCAAUGGUGUCCUCAUCAUGCAUCCAAAGGGUCAGUUUUGUGGCGGUAAUGCUAAGUGCGGUCUCUGGCGUGAAUGUUCGGUUGGUGGCGAUGUGUUUAGUCUGCGUGAAUCGAGAUCGGCACAACAAAAGGGACAGCCGAUUUACGACGAGUCCAAUGUGCUACAAGAUGGCACACUAAUUGAUUUAUGUGGUGCAACGUUGCUCUGGCGCUCAGCCGAUGGUCUACAGCAUUCACCGACCAAACGCGAUUUGGAAAAAUUAAUUGAUGAAAUCAAUGCUGGCCGUCCACAAUGUCCGGUCGGUUUGAAUACCCUAGUUAUACCGAGGAAAGUGAAUAUUGGUGAUCAAGUGAAUCAGCCUUAUGUGUACUUAAAUUGUGGUCAUGUUCAAGGUCAUCACGAUUGGGGUCAGGAUAAGAGUACUGGCGCCCGUCGUUGUCCCAUGUGCCUCGAAGUUGGUCCGGUUGUUACACUUUGUAUGGGCUUGGAACCGGCCUUUUAUGUUGAUGUCGGUGCACCUACAUUCGCUUUUAAUCCGUGUGGUCACAUGGCGACUGAGAAGACAGUCAAGUACUGGGCCAAUGUUGACAUACCACACGGCACGAAUGGGUUUCAAGCGGUUUGUCCUUUCUGUGCGACACCAUUGGAUGGUUCAUCUGGUUAUAUUAAGUUGAUUUUCCAAGAUAAUUUAGAUUAAAUUAGCAUUAAACUCUAGUAGUCUCUAUAUUAUAUAUCUAUAUAUAAUUAAUUGUAAACAACAACAAUAACAACAUGAAAAAAAUGUGUGUGUAUGUAUUUUGCAAAUGCCCGCAAUGUGCUACUGUUGCACUUUAACAGCUGUUUUAUAUAAUUACGCAUACCCACAUACAUACAUAAUACAUACCAACAUAAUACCUAUAAUUAAGUAAGCAUGCAACAUUACAAUACGAAACAGCUAAAACGCUGCGUAUGAAGAGCAUUUCACAAAAAACAUUUAAAUGAAUAGCGUUAAGAAAUGCCACUAUAUAAAUAUAUAUAUAUAUAAUAUU